UACACAUUAUAUAUAUAUAUAGAAACAGAUAGGCUUCAUUCUGUCUGAUCAAUCAGACGCAUAUUGUGAUUAUUAUAGAAGAAUGGUGAAGAGAAAGAUGUGGUUUUUUAUAACAGUAGUUUCUACGCAUGUCAUCAUCAGCUGGGUUGCUGUAACAGGCAACCAUUUAACUUCAUAUGAUUCUUCUUCUUCUCCCCAACCACGCCAAACCCUAAGCUUUUCAGAGCCUGGCUUUCGUUCAAAACAGGUGUAUGGAAGAGAGCUGAGCAGACUUGGAUCCAGGCCGCCCGACUGUGAGCACAAGUGCGGUGGUUGCAGGCCAUGCAAUGCAAUUCAAAUACCUGCAAACUCUCAUCAUUUUGGAGUUGAAUAUGCAAAUUAUGAGCCUGAAGGAUGGAAAUGCAAGUGUGGAACUUCCUUCUUCAACCCAUAAUUAUUAUUAUUAAUUCAUUUUUCUAUUCUAAUACAUUCAUCAUCUCUCUCUCUCUCUCUCUCUCUUCUCUCCAGUCUCUAUAUUUACUGUAUUCAAACCUUAAUA